AUGGCAGCUCGUUCUCGCCGAAGAGGACUGGUGGGUCGCAUUGGUACCUGGCUAGAUCCGAAAAUUCAUCGCCCCAUCUGCUCCCAAUUUCUGGCCGCAUCCUCUUCCGCCAGUUUCCUCUUAAAACUCACCAACCUGGAUUAUUAUAUCAGCACGGCCUCAUUCGCACCAUCCAGCAUGACUUCUUCUUCCGCUCUUCCCCAGGGUUUCUCCAUCUUCCAGCCCACCCUCGGCGCUCAGCUCCAGUUCUACCCUGCCGUCGGCACCCAGGAGCUCGAUGAGCUAAUACACGCCCAUCUCGUCGGCCCUGCCUCCUCCCAGGAGAAGCGCGCCACGCUGGCCCUCGACUUUCUCGAGCACGCCCAGCUGACGGGCCAGAACUUCAAGUUCUACGCCGUCCGCGCCGUUGCUGCCUCGCCCGCCACCUCGGCCGCGUCCUCCUUCAACACAUCGCCUGCCACUACCUCCUGGGACUGGAGCCAGAACUCGCGCACCGCCUCGGUGUCCUCGCGCUCCUCGCAACAUCGCGUGUCCAAGCCCACGAGCCCUGCCUCGCGCGUGCGCGCCACCGACUUCUCCAGCAUCCCCGGCAUGAAGAUCAUGACCAAGGACGGCCUCGACGUCACCAACUCGGCCUCGCGCGGCUCCAAGACCAAGGAGCAGCGCGACCACGCUCACCUGAUGCGCAUCAUCAAGGCCUGCGAUAGCUGCAAGCGCAAGAAGAUCCGCUGCGACCCCAGCCACAAGAAGCGUGGUGCCGCUUCCCCUGGAGCGCCCGCCGCCGCCGCAAAGGUCACCAAGAAGGCUCGCACAAACUCCCCUUCGGCAGCAUCACAAUCGAUAUCUCCACCACAAUCAGUAUCACCGCCGGUCCUGAUUGAGGACUUUGGCAGCUUCUCCGCCUCUCCCUUUGAUAUGGACGCCUCGUUCAGCUUUGACGCCCUCGACACCUUUGCCCCCGCCUCGGCUGCUGCUGAGCCCUGGGAUGAGUUCAUUCAGUACCCACCCAUGGGCCAGGCUGAAGACUACGAUUUCUUUGCCGAUCCCGAGAGCUUCCUCUCGUCGCAGUCCUCGGAUGCCGACAUGUCCGCAUCUCGUCUCUCUGUUGCGGCCACUUCCCCUCGUUCAGGAGCUCCUCCUGGCCGUGACCCGGAUAGUGGGCGUGCAGAGUCUCACACGGAGCUGCUUGCUGGAGCGGUCCUUUCCGCGUCGGUAUCGGCACAGCUGCCGUACGAGUCGCCGGACUCCGCUGGCGACUACACCGACUUCAACCUGUACUCGCCUGGAUCCAGCUUCUCCGAGGAUGAGCGUAUGCUCGACAUUGGAUCGUCGACUUCUGGCCUGUCCACGCAGAGCAUGCCGUCACCAGUUGAUUCACCACGUCGACCUCCGAAUGCCGCGUCACCAGAUGCUGGCACACAUGAUGUCAGCGCUGAUGAUGCGGCUCAGCAGCCUCCUUUUACCAGGGCUGAGGAAACCGGCCCAUCGGAUCGUUCCGAUGUACGGGACGCAACUGCGGGUGGUGUUGCUGGUGCGCUGAGCGUACUGAGUCGCUCCGACGUGGUUAUGCGCACGAACGAACAAGGACAACUAAUAAUUUGUUGUCCACCGGGCACCAUUGUGGUCAACAGCAGUGGCCAGGGCUCGACCAACGCCGGCCUAGCAAACGUGUCUACUGUCGAUGACUCUAGCAACUCGUCAUUCUAUAUACCACGUGAACUAAGUGAACUGGCAGUUGCAUCUGUUUCCGCCGGCACGGGCAACGUAGACGCAACCGUGUCUACGUGGCUCGACCACGGCUCGGGCGGCCAGACUCCCGAGCUUGCGACCCCGAUGGCUGCGUCGACCCAGAGCAGCCCGACGCAACUGGUCGGCACCGUGGAAAACAGCCAGCCAUCGCGCUUUGUUCAUCGAAACACCGACCUUGCCCAACAACAGCCACCGGCUGGACUUGCUGCAGCAAGCGACGGGCUCGACGUUUCGACUGGACUUGCUACUGGACUUGCUUCACCCCUUGCUUCUGCUUCUCGCCCUGCAAUUGGACUCGACAAUCUCGCUUCUGUACCAUCCACUGGACCUGCCAACGGAUUCGCAGCUGCAUCGACCAGCUCGUCAUCGGCGUAUGUGUCAUCUUCUGGUCUAUCUGCUGUUGCAUCACCUGCGCUUGCUCAACCCCUCGUCGAUAUUGUCGGCGGGUACGUCUCUGAUGAAUCUGGGUCGCUUUCUUCUCCUCACUCUCUGGUGCGGGAUAGCAGCUCUGGAAUCUCUGCUGGCGAACUUGUUGACGCAUCAGCAUCGGCACUUUCGGAUGGUGCUCAUCAAGCAACAUUCGACGCUGGACGCAGCACGUCGGAAGCCCGCGUCUCUGCCACGUCGGAUCUAGGCAACGAAUCAUCCAAGUCGGAUGACAGCCCAUCGGGUGCCUCUGACCUCGGUGACAAGUCAUCCGUGGGUCAAUCGACACCUGAUGACAGCCAAUCCGUUGCCUCGAUAGCGUCGAUGAAUGGGUCUUCCUCAUCGCCCUCGGCUGCAACGUCUGCGGGACGCUCUGUCCUCGACUCUGAGUCGGCCUUUGACGUAUCCCAGACUGCCGCCUCGACGAUUUCCCAGCGGGACACGACUGGCAUCGGAAGAACUCUCCAGAGCCGCGACGCCCAAGACAACGUCACCACUGCCGAACUGGCGGUGAUGAUGCAGACCAUCCUUGCCCGCACGCUACUUGCUGCCGCCUACACGCAGUCGAUGGCUUCGUCGCCUGCGCCAAGCGUCCGCAGCAGAGCAUGCCGAGGAUCCUCGCCGCGUGCCCGCGACCUGCUGGCCGCGCGUGUGCCGGCUGUCUGUUAG